AUGACUCAAUCGAGCGGUCCUAGAAAGCACGGAACGCUGUAUGUUGAAGUAAGGCUUAACGAGGGUUGCAGCAUCAGGUCCGAGACUAUCAGGGCCAACGUAGAGAAAUGGCUCGUCAGUCACCAUCGCGACAUCAAAGUCGGGGCUACUCAAGAAUUCUCAUACUCUCUAGCAUCCCCAUCAGAGACAGCUCAAGCAAUCGAACGAAUUCACGUCAGCGGCCACAGUCUCAGCAAAAGUUUCCCCGACCAAACCCUAUACCUGGUGUCUGAAUCCUAUCUAGACAUUGCGCUUUACUCUCUUCUAUCAGAUACCGAGCACGAUAGUCAACCCGAAGAAGACAAAGACGAGGGUGACAAAUCUCCGUCACACCGCUUUACAGACCUACCGCUACCAUACAGGUCUUUUGAUGGUCUUUGGGAAUCAUUGGUGUUUAAAGAUCCUAUUGGAGAGCUAAUCUUGCGGAGCAUUGUGCGCGCUACUAAAGACCGUCAACACAGCGGCAUGAACUGGUCUACGAGGCCGUGGCAAAACACAGUACUUCUUCACGGUCCUCCUGGUUCCGGAAAGACUACAUUGGCACAGGCCUUGGCUCAACGUCUCUCUAUCCGGCUAUCAAACAUAUUUCCCACCAGCAGACUCCUAGAAGUCAAAUCUCGCGCGCUUCUUAGCCGGUACUUCGGCGAGAGCAGCAAAGAAGUGGGAGAACUAUUCGAGUCGAUCUCAUGCAUGGCCGAAAACGACGAACAGCUGGUGAUAGUUCUCAUCGAUGAGGUUGAAUCGAUUGCAGGUUGUCGAACAAAAGCCUCGAAGGCGAACGAAGUUGGUGACGCUAUUCGGUCUACGAAUGAAGUACUUCGAGGCUUGGACAGAUUUCGAGAACGUACAAACGUUGUGUUCUGUUGUACAACUAAUUUGCUCGCUGAUGUCGAUUCUGCCUUCGUCGACCGGUGUUACAUUGAAACUCCUGUGAACAUUCCAGCAGCAGACUGCAUUUUCGAAAUCCUUCGGGCCGAUUUGAACAACCUGAUACAAUGUGGCAAGUUGGGCUGUGAGAAGCUGGGAUACGACGGAAGACAUAUCGAGAUGCCGCCAAUCAUACAUUGCAAUGACUUGUCUAGUACUUUACAGUCAACACAAACGUUCGACCUCUUCUCUAAAACUCCGAUCUAUAUUCCAGAUUUGACGUGGGCAAGUAUACAUUGGCCGAAAGGAGCUACUACUGUCGUUUCAGAGUUGCACAAAAUUGCGACUCUAGGCAAAGGUCUAUCGGGAAGAAAGCUUAGAGCUCUUGUCACUCAAACUCUUUACAUGUACACUGUCGAGGAACCAUGUGAUCUUCAGGCCUUUCUUAUCGCACUAGAAUCAGUCAUCAGAGCCAAGGUCGGAAUACCUUUACGUGAGGCCGAGGCGGAAGACUCAUCGACGGCCGCGUCAGAGCAAGCCACGGAUAACGACGAGCAUAAUACCGAGACAAUGGCCUUUCUGUCCAAGCUCGAGGCAGACAACCAUAUGGAUGUUUCUGAUGAUUGACAAAAACGGCCCGUUUCGCACAGCACGCCUGCACCCCUGAAACAGAUGGCGUGACGCAUUGUUCAACUCAGUUUGGCUCAC